AUGGACGAACAAAUCCUUCUUGGCGCUGCUCCCUGUCUCCAAUACGUCCCACCUGAGCGUCACGAAGGACCUGCUAAGUUCAACCCCGCUGCGCUGCAUAAGCUGCUGGUAGGAGACGGCGCGGAGGUUCACAAGGAGAUGUUCAACAUCUUCGCCAACACCAAGAUCUUCUGGUCCAAUCCCGACCCUCCACGUGGACACGUGUACACGAGCAUGGACUACAACUCGACCAAGGAGCAGCAGAGGGACGUGACGUUCGAGCGAAUCAUUUUCCUGAGGGACCGAGGGUACUUCAAGGGGUGGCUGACGGACGACAGUCCGGCGAGCGUGCGACGCAAGUCGGCGAUGCACGAGGCCAUUAGCAUGUUCGACCAGUCCAUGGCGGUCAAGCUGGGCGUGCACAUCCACCUCUGGGGUGGUGCGGUGAAGUAUCUGGGGACCAAGAGGCAUCACGACAAGUGGCUGGCUCGCACGGAGGACUACGAAGUGGCGGGUUGCUUCGGACUAACAGAGCUCGGUCAUGGAAGCAAUGUGCGCGGCAUUGAGACGGUUGCGUCGUACGACCCUGCUCGAGAGGAGUUCAUCAUCACAACGCCGUGCGAGACGGCGCAGAAGUACUGGAUCGGAGGCGCCGCCAUGCACGCGAACCACACGGUGGCGUUCGCGCAGUUGCACAUGAACGGGCGCAACGAGGGCGUGCACGCGUUCAUCGUGCCCAUCAGGGACGCGCACGGCCGCGUCAUGCCCGGCGUGCGCAUUGCCGACUGCGGCCACAAGACGUGCCUCAACGGCAUUGACAACGGCCGCAUGUGGUUUGACAGUGUGAGGAUCCCUCGCGAGAAUCUCCUUAACGCAGUGGCAGACGUGACGGCAGACGGUCGCUACAUCAGCCCCAUCCCCGACCCCGACCAGAGGUUCGCUGCGUUUAUGGCGCCAUUGACUGGGGGCCGCGUCACGUUGGCAAUCAGCGCCGUCAACCAGUGCAAGGUGGGUCUGUCCAUCGCCCUGCGCUAUGCGCUCACGCGCCGUGCCUUCGCCCUCACGGCCGGGGAGGAGGAGGUGUUGCUGCUCGACUACCCCACCCACCAGCGCCGCCUGCUGCCCCUCCUCGCCAAGACAUACGUGCUCCACCUGGCGGUGAACGGGCUGCGGGAGCUGUACCUGUCGCGGCGACCCUCUGACGUGAAGUACAUUCACGUGCAGUCGAGCGGGUACAAGGCGAUGAACUCGUGGCACAUGCUGCGCACGCUGCAGGAGUGCCGCGAGGCGUGCGGGGGCAUGGGCGUGAAGAGUGACAACCGCAUCGGGCAUCUGUACGCGGAGCAUGAUGUCAUGACCACGUUUGAGGGCGAUAAUGUGGUGCUCAUGCAGACGGUGAGCAAGGCGAUUCUAGCAGAUUACAUGGCGGCCAAGAGGAAGGGCAAGCCCCUGCACGGGCUGGGACUGGAACACCUCAACGGCCCCCGAGUACCGCUCUCCACCUCGUCCAACCGCGCGAUUCUCCGCGACCUUAAGUUCCAUCUGGCCCUGUUCCGCCUGAGGGAGAGGGACCUGCUGGAGCGUCUAGCCACUCGGGUGAACGUGCUCGUGUCUGCCGGCCACAGCAUCUCAGACGCGCUCAACCAGAGCUUUCAGCUGAGUUCAGACCUGGGAAGGGCGCAUGCGGAGCUAGAGGUGUUGGUGGCGGCCGCAGAUGUGCUGCAGGGGCUGCAGCCUGGACCGCUCAAGGACGUGCUGACACUGCUCACCACGGUCUUUGCCAUGGUCACUGUGGACGAAGACCCGGUCUUCCUCAGGUACGGAUAUGUGAGCACAGAGCAAGGGCAGGCGAUUCACGACGAGGUGGCCUUGCUGUGCAAGGAGGUGCGCCCGCAUGCGCUCCCCCUCGUGCACGCCUUUGGCCUGCCCGGGCACUUGCUAGGACCCAUCGCGUUUGACUGGGUGGACUUCGAGUCAUGGAAGAACGUGGAGCAGGGCCGUGACAAGUGGUCGGGGCAGGUGGCACACCUGUGA